CGGCCUCCACCUGCUCGUCUGGCUUGCGACUGCCUGCCGCACCUGCUCCCUGCCGCACCUGCCCAGCCAUGGCCAUCUUCCGCCUCCUCGCCGCGUCGGCUCCGGCGCCACGCCUGUCCGUCCUCACCUACAACGUCUUUUGCGGCCCUCCCACCCCGACGCCGCUGGCUGGCACGCUCGACGGCUCGGCGCGGCUGGCUGGCCAGAUCAGCAAGCUGCGGGAGCUGGCGCCAGACGUCAUCUGCCUUCAGGAGGUCGUCUCGGACGGCGUGCGGGAGCGGUACGCGCACGCGCUCUCCGACAUGUACGACGCAUCCUUCGUGCUCACCGCCGAUGAGUUCCGCUGCCGCGCCGGGCGCAUGAUGCGGCUGGCGCUCGACCAUGUCGGCCCGCAGACCACGAUCGGCGGCUUCCUGCUCGGCUCGGUCCAGUCUGGCCUGGUGAUCCUGCACAAGCGGGCGACGCUGGAGCGGGACGGCCUCGCGACCGCCUUCCCCUUUGAGGACCAGGCGGGCGACCUGCUCAACCGUUUCCGGCCUCGCGGCGCCCUCGCCGUCCCGCUGCGGCUCCGGGGCGACGGCUCUCGGCUCCUCGUCGUCAACACGCACGCCAACGCGGAGAGCGGGGACCAACUCUUCGACCUCUCGCGGCUCCUCUCGGGCGCAGGCAUCAGCUCCAUACCUUCCACCUCUGUGCACCGCAAGACGCAGCUUCAGCAGCUCUUCCUCGAGGCGAGCCGGCUGGCGGAGGCGCGCGGCGCACGCGCCCUCCUCUGCGGCGACCUGAACAGCUCGCCCGAGCUCGGUGAGUGGGCGCCGCUCGCCUCCCGCUUCGGGUUCGUCGACGCGUGGAGGCCGUCCGGCGGGCCGGGCCACUCGUGGGACGGCGCGCGAGCUUAUUGCCGAGAUGCAGCCGAGUGUGGCCGAGGCACCCGCAACCCGCUAGUGAGGGAGGGCUGGCUUUCGCCGGGCGACGGCGCCGCCACGCGUCUCGACUACAUCUUCUGCGGCGAGGCGUCGCGCCUCACGCCUCUCGAGUCGCGCCUCGCGCUCGACGAGCCGGAGCAGGGCCACUGGCUGUCGGACCACUUCGGCGUCAUGACCACCUUUGAGGCUGCGCCGUUCGCGGCACGCGAGGGUCGCCCCGCCCCUCUGGGCUGCCCCGCCACGGGCAGGUCGCCCGCCGCCACCGGCCAGCGCCUCGCUGGCCAGCGCAGCCUCCUCGAGGACACGCCCUUCUCCGCGUGAUGUGGUGCGCAAAGGCCUCUGCGCCACGCCGAGAAGCCUCGCGAGAGGUGGGGUGGCGUGGAUUGGCGCGGUGGGUGGUGGUGGAGUUCCGGUGGUGGGGCCCAGUACCUCGACGAGGUUACUUGGACGUUGGACCACCAAGCAAGAAUUAGGAGGCGGCAGCGAAUCUCGGUCGUUCUUGGGCGGGGACCUGUUCCUUUCUACCCAUCUCCUAGUAGAGGUGUCCGUUUUAUUUAUUUAUUUAUUUCGGUC